CCGCAGAUCUCGCGCGAGCGUGGGCGGGGCGAUGGGCGCGGGGCGGGGCGCGGCGUAUAUCUGGCGAAUGUCCGCCUCCUCGCUCAGGCCCCGCCGGCAGCGACACCACGUGCGCCCGCCCGCCCCACUCACGCACGCACGCAGCGCCUGGGCCGCCAGCACCGGGAGCGCGAGCGGGAAGGGGAGGCCCGGCCGGCGGGGGCGGCGGCACCGGACGCCUCGUGUAAUUGCUGAGGGUACUCAAGAUGGCUCUGCGCUUCCGCUCCCUACUGCCUUUUGCCAUCCCUGGAGUGCUGGCGCUUAUUGGAUGGUGGUGGUUUUCAUCGCGUAAAAAGGAACACACCAGCAAUCACGACAGACGAGACUUGGCCAGCUUGGAAGAAUGUCGGAUCGGCUCUCACAAGCGGCGGCCGGACUCUGCGGAAAACUGGGCACCUUCCUCUAAAGACGACAGACAAGCUGACUGCAAGCUCGCGCCGCCUUCGGAAAUGGAGCGUCCUGCUGAAGCAUGGCUGCUUCCCGACGUUUCACACCCCGUAAAGGCAGCCUCUCCGGAGCAGAGAGCCCAGAGCUUUGGUUGCUCUGCAGAUCUUCCUGUCCCGUCAGGAACGACCGCUGAAUCUGAAACUCUUCAGGACGACAGUAAAAAACUGGAUAUCACAGUGGUGUCCCAAGAUGCACUUGGACGUCCGGCACAAGAGCCUCCCCUUCUCUCACAAAUGACCAAUGACUCCCAUGGGGUUGAUGUCACUGCUGGGGGCAAGCCAGAGUCCAGCCCAUCUGGAAAGCAGGUGCCGCGGGUGGGUGACUUGGUAGAGUUGCCUCCUUUGGAAGAGUCGUUGGGGGAUAACUUGGAGAAAAAGAGGACUGGAGGCGUGAGCUUGGAUGAAGAGGAAGUGGAGAAAAUCGAACAAGUAGCCAUACAUAUAAUUUCCCAAGUCAUCUUGGCAGCGACCGAGGAAGUGCUUUCCAGUUCAGUCAGCGACAUGACUGAUCGGCUUUGCCAAAUGGCAGCCGGCCACAUUGACAAGCCCCUGGAAAAGGUGGCCUCGGGAGCCGUUUGUCCAGCGGAGUCAAACAAGGGCAGUCACUGUGCCUCUGAGAAGGCGGCCGUCGGAUGUGCUGCCCUACUGGAAGAGAAUGCCCACCACCAUGCGACGUUCUCCAGCCGCUUGACACACGGUCUCUUGGCCAACCCAAGUCACAGCUGGCCCAGGGACUCCACACGUGUCGGGCAGGCUGCUGGGGAGCCUGCCCCAUUCGCAAACCACAAGGAGGAACUUGAAGACGUUCCUGUUGUGGCAGAGUUUUCUGGCUGCAGCUCAUGCACCUCAGAAGAUGGGGGAAGGGCAGAGGACCUUUUGAGAAAUGGCUCUUCUCCUGUUUCACGACAACAGCAGGACUUGUCGGAUGAGUCCGCAGUCAAAGACUCAGAGCACAGUUCUGCACCGCUCAAAAACCCUCUCUCCCCCGCGCUUCCUGAAACCCAGGUGCCCUAUAGCAACGGUGUGCUGAGGGAGGACUGCUUGGACCUGCAGCAUGAGCAGCCGUGGCCGGCAGAAGCGGAUGCUGACCACUCUGGAGGUUCAGAUGUAAAUAGCAUGGAUUCUGUGGACAGCGGCUGCCAGAACUUGGGAACUGAAUCAAAUAAGAUGGAGCUUGUUAUCUGGGAGAUCGAGGUACCAAAGCAUUUAGUUGGCCGGCUGAUUGGUAAGCAAGGGCGGUAUGUGAGCUUCCUGAAACAAGCGUCUGGCGCCAAGAUCUACAUUUCAACGGUUUCUUAUGCUCAGGACUUCCAGAUCUGCCAUAUAGAAGGCUCCCAGCAAAAUGUCGACAAAGCCCUGAGUUUGAUUGGCAAGAAAUUCAAAGAUUUAAGCCUCAACAACAUCUAUGCUCUUCCCCCUCCGAUGCUGCCCUUGCAUUCCCUGCCAAUGACUUCCUGGCUCAUGCUUCCUGAUGGAGUGACCGUGGAAGUCAUUGUGGUUAACCAAGUCAACGCCGGGCAUCUUUUUGUACAGCAGCACACGCAUCCCACUUUUCACGUUUUGCGUAGCUUAGAUGAACAGAUGUACCUCUGCUAUUCCCAGCCUGGAAUUCCAACUAUGCCAACACCAGUGGAAGUUGGCGUGGUCUGUGCUGCGCCUGGCGUGGAUGGGGCCUGGUGGCGAGCACAGGUUGUCGGCUACUUCAAAGACUCUGGCGAAGUGGAGAUCAGAUAUGUGGACUAUGGUGGAUACGAGAGAGUCAAAAUUGACACCCUCAGGCAAAUCAGGUCUGACUUCGUAACACUCCCUUUCCAAGGAACUGAAGUCCUGUUGGACAAUAUCGUGCCCCUUCCAGAUGAAGAUCACUUUUCAUCAGAAGCAGACAUCGCCGUCAGUGAAAUGACUAGAGGCACGCCGUUGCUGGCGCAGGUUACAAAUUAUGACAGUGUGACGGGGUUGCCUCUAAUACAGCUGUGGAGCAUGAUGGGAGAUGAGUUGGUGUCCAUAAACCGGACCAUGGUGGAAAGAGGGUUUGCGAAGUGGAUCGAAAGCUACUAGGAAAGGCGGUUGCCGUUCGCCUGGCUAGUCGCUUCCCUCGCCUACUCCCCUUUAUCCUUUUUAUCGCCUUUACACGUGUUGGCACUGUUUUGGAAUUAGGUUUGGCGGGCCCUCCCAACACACGAAGCGUACGCCGUUGGCACAUCUGGCCUAUUCCGGUGUGUUCAUCCGACCGAUAAGCGUCUCUCCAUCUGUAUACUUCAGUUUGCCGCGAGGCAGGGCGUUAAACCAUAAGCCAUAAAGAAACUGUAUCUCUGAAGCCUACUUUCUUUUCCCUUCUCUCCCUGACCUGGGUCCAAAAGGUUAAAAAAAGAAAAGAAAGAAAAAAUAUAUAUAUGAAUGAAAACUCCUGUCAGGGUAAGAAUGGAAAUCACCGAGGAUUUAAACUGUGUGGAAAACAUCCCCUAACUAUCAAACCGGCAGCUCCGUCUGCCCUUCAGCUGCUCCUGCUUGGAAGCAAAGAUGCCUUUGGACCAGCAAUAAACCAGGGGAAAGGCUGGAGCCCUGGGGAAGCGGGGCUGCGUGUUUUUCUGUGUAUCCGGACAUGCUUUGGCUGCUCCCAACUAGGCGGUGGCAGCUGGGAACAUGAACGGAGAACCAUCGCUGUGGCACUGUCUUUGUUGUUGGUGUGGUUUUUUAAAAAUUAAGGCUCAGUUUGCUCAAGAAAAAGAAACUGCCGUCUUUGCAGACCCCUUAAACUGAUUAAAUCAACCAUGAUCGCAGCAAUCUUUUAAAUCCCCAGGUCAUAUUCAAACAAAAUAAUUUUUUGAUUGUCAAGCCUGAUACAAUUACAAUUUUCUAGCUGUGCAACAACCUAUGUAAAUAUAUAUAAAAUAUUGUAAUAUUUUGUACAAGGGGCGGGGGGAACCACUAGAGAAAAACUAAAAGGGAACAUAAAAUGAAUUGUUUUUUACACCAAAAUGUCCUCUGUAGUUAAAAACAAUUUGGCAUCUGUCGGCACAGUGAAGUGCUGGAAGGUGUGCCCAUGUACAGGACGACUGUUCUGGCUCGCUUGCUGAGUGGUCUGAACCAGUAAUCUGCACUCUUUGCUACUACUUUGCUGUACAAAUCUGACUUUGAAAAAGAGUGGAGGGGAUUACAUUUGGAAUUAAUAUUGCCGUGGUGUGUCUUGAUCUCUUUGCUCCUCCUUAGAUUGGUUUCAAAUGUGGAAUUAAAAAAAAUCAAAUAAUUUAAGUUAAUUUAAUACUAUUAAAACAUACAUGAAUUUAAACAUGAA